AUGCUGUCGCUACCACUGGCCCACCAGAUGGGCGGGCGGCACGUGCUGCUAGUAGGAUGCGGAGCGGUGGGCAUGACGCGCGUGGACAAAUUGGUGCCGACCGGCUGCAAGUUGACGGUGGUGGCGCCGGAGGUGGACGCGGGACUCGCCGCAUACAUGCCGGGCGGCAUGGAGGUGGCGGCCGGCGCGACGUGGGUCAACAAGGGGUGGGAGCCGGGGCAGGUGUACCGGGUGGCGCGACGGGAGUUCGCGGCGGGCGACGAGGGGCUAGAGGCGUUUGCGUUUGUGCUGGCGUGCGUGCCGGCGGGGGGGCUGGGCGCGCGGGUGCACGCGCUGAGUCACGCGCGCGGCGUGCAAUGCAACGUGGCGGACGUGCCGGCGCUGUGCGACUUCUACUUUGGCAGUCAGUGCGCGCUGGGCGAGCGGGGCCUGCAGGUGCUGGUAUCGUCCAACGGGGCGGCGCCGCGGUUGACGGCGCUGCUGCGCGCUGACAUCGAGCGGCGGUACGCGGCGCUGGACUGGGACGAGAUGUGCGGGCGGCUGCGGGCGCUGCGCGAGCGUGCCCGGGCGCUCAGCACGCAGGCCGGGCUGCCGGCAGAGGAGGCACUGCGCUUCCGCAUGGACUGGAUGCGGCAGGUGACGGACGCGUUCGGGCUGGAGCACUGCGCGGCCAUGGACGUGGAGCGGCUGGCCGGGCUGUUCGGCGAGAUGGCGGCGGCGGCGGCGGCCGGGCGGCCGCGCGCGCUGCCAGCGGACCUGGUGAGUGUGUAUACAGAGUCGAGCACAUAG